AUUCCAUGUAAUAUUGAAUAAAUACAUUAGAUAAAUGACUGUUUAUUUAAUGGGCCAGUUUCCCGGACACAGAUUAAGCCUAGUCCUGGACCUUAAAGAACUUUCUAUUGAAACUUCCAUUGAGCAUGCUCUUUAGUCCAGCACUUGACUCAAUCUGUGUCCAGGAAACAGGCCCCAUAUGUAUUACUGACAUGCUUGUCCUUGUUCAGGACUCCACACACUGGCUUCAGAUUGAACCCUUGACUUCCACUGUCCAGGGAGUGACAAUGUUCAGGCACAGGACACCCAAAGGGAGUUAUGAGUGCACAGUGUCUGGGCUCCGCUGGCUGUGUGAGAGAGAUGUCAUUCUGAAGUAUCACUUCAGGAACUGGGAACCCUACAGUCAACUUCUGAAAGACAUGCAGUACACACAAGGUGGUCCAUUGCUGGACAUCACUAUGGAGUUAGGUGAACUGGAGGAAGUUCAUCUGCCACACUUUGUCUGUUUAGGGACCAACCCUUCCCUGAGGAAUGAGAUGAAGAUUCUUCAUGUAGAGGAACAUGGAGUGUCUUUAGAGGAAGUGCAUGAGGUCACCAGAUUCCAUGCUAAGAUUCUCCAUCCCAAGUUCUCAGCUGUCUCUGUUAUACUGAGCUAUAUAUUUUCUUGGAACGUAGAUGUCCACUGUGACGUGGUCCUCUAUAUGGCAGUAAAAAAGGCAACAGUAGAUUCAAGGCUGUACCUGCUCCUCAGAAACUCGAGUCAGAAAGAGGUGAGGCACUAUCAUUGA